AUGGUUGAUCGCAUAUAUGACUUAUAUAAUGUUCUUAAUGACAAAAAUGGUACAAAUAAUUCAUCGGAAGCGCUUGAUGCAUACAAAAAUCUAAUUGAAGCUAUUAAACAAGGACCACAAGAAAAAAAAUUAGCUUUACAAUUUAUCGCAAAAUUUUGUAAAAAUUUUCCUGCUGAAAUGACGAAAACAAUAGAAGCUGUUAUUGAUUUAUGUGAAGAUGAAGAUAUAAUAAUUCGUAAACUAGCCAUUAAAGAAUUUCCAACGUUAGUCCGAGCAUCAAAUGAUACACUUCCUCGUGUUAUUGGCGUACUUAUACAGUUACUUCAAUCGAAUGAUACAACUGAAGUAACACAAGUACAAAAUUCUAUUAUGACUAUUUAUCAUAUUAAUCCAAAGGAAACAAUUAGUGGUAUUCUUAGCGCAAUUCAACGUUCUCAGGAAGAUUUACUUCGUAAACGUGCACUCCGAUUUAUAUGUAGUCGAAUAGCAACACUAGAUGAAACCGAUUUACCCAAAGAUAUUGAAGAACAUUUAAUUAAAACAUGUAAAGAUAUCGCAUUAGAACUUGAUGCAGAAGAAUUUGUUACAAUAAUUAAAUUAUUGUCAACACUACGUUCAAUGCAAACAUUAAUUGCUCGACAAGAACUUGUUAAUAUGAUUAUUAGUCAAUGUCAUUUAGAACAAGGAUGGAAUGGUGUUGAUACCGAUCGUCUUAGUCUCGUAGCUACAUUUAUGGGUCAUGCUAUGAGUUUACUUUCGAAAAAUGUUCAUUCAACAAAAUUUGUUGUAUUUAUGCUUGAUUAUGUUAUUGAACAUAUUGAUAAAUUACCAUUAUCGUCUGAUGAUAAACUUGAUUUAUUCCGUAUACUUGCUGAAAUGUGUCCAUUCUGUACGGAAUUCGAUCGACCAAAAGAACGUUUAGCAAAAUUAUUCAAUGUUCUUAUGACAUUUUUACCCGAGCCACCUGUUGAAUCUGAAGCUGGUACUACGACCGAUGCUACACCUGAUUUUCAAUUUUCAUUUAUUGAAUGUUUAUCGUAUGGGUUACAUCAAUUAUCAAGAAAAUAUCCGGACUUUUUAAUUGCAGAGGAAAAUGAAGAGCGUGUCAAAGAUUUUCGAUUAAGAUUACGCUAUCUUUAUCGUGGUGCAUCAUCGUAUACAACUCAAUUGAAAAACGCAUUGAAUGGUAAAGUCGAAGGCGAAGACCAAGAGGAACAAAAAAAAACACGAUUAAUUGCAUACAAAAUCUGUUCAAAUGUGCAAAUAAUGAUACGAGAUUUAUGUCGUUCGCCACCAUCCUUCAAAUCAAAUAUUAUUCUGUCAUGGAAACCAACAGAGGAAUUGAAACGGUCACAUUCAGAAUCAGAGGGGGGCUCAACAACAAAUAAAAAUGGCACAGGAACAAACACGUCCACUGUUACUGGUCCUGCUAAUGCAACUAAUAAACGUGCACGACCAGAAAAGCCACUCUAUAGACCACCAAGUGGUGGCGCACAAAAGAAUCGUCGCGGUGGUUAUCAACGAUAUUAA